ACACUGGCUUGGAAUGUGGUGUCGUGUAGACUGCCAUUGCUACACUUUGAUUUGUUCGGGAAAUAAAGCUGAUUUUUUUUUAUUACAGUCUUGUUUGCACAGUAAAGACAGAUUAUUUUGUGCCGACAAUCUUGUUUGUGAAAUAAAGAAAAUAAUUUUUGGUGACAAACUUUGUUUUUUAAAAUAAAGACCGAUAUCUUGUGGUGACAAUGGAUCAAGGGGCCAGACCAAGACAACAGGGUGCGAGUGGUGAUCCGUCAAGGUUAUCGACACGUAUACCGGAUUAUAAGAAGACUCCCAGCCCUAUCUUCACCGAGCAAAGAGAAAUAGGAAACUAUAGUAUUGACAACGAAGGGAAGUUUCAUCAUGAUGCCCGGCAGCUGAGAAAAUAUGUCCCUCCGGAAGAUAAUAAAAAUGUUAGGUUUGAUGUGACGAGUGGCACUGAGGACGCGAUACAGCGAGACGAGACGGACAAUAGAGAGAAGUAUAAAACAUUUCUUCAGUGGAUUGUGGAGGACAAGAACAGAUUUCUGAUGGAAAAGCCAGCAAAAACACACGGUUCUCGCCCAAAAGGGAACGGCCGAUUCCACAGUUUGUCUCCAGAUUUUGUUUGCACCAGAGGUCUGGUCAGCCGAGUGCUUUGUGUGCCUUAUGAAAACAACAAUGUGCUUGAGUUGUCUGUCAUCAAGUUCCGAGGCACAUACUUUUUGUGUGAGGGUGAUUAUCCCUUCACCGGGGAAGCGAAUGUGUGGGGCUAUAGAUUCGAGCAAUACGUCACUGCAGACAAAGGAACAGGGAUACCGGAUCUGUCAAGACCCAUCAAUACAAACGAGCGAUUUUAUUCUGUGGUGCGCUCUCAGUUAGGGCAGCAUUCACUAGUGUGCCGGGGGGAGGUGGACUGUGUGGAUGUCAAUCAAGAAGAAGGGAAUAGGUACGUGGAGCUUAAGAUUAAAAAGAUCCGAGAAGACCCCAGGGGGGACGUGAAUUUCCUGAGAUACAAAUUGCUGCAGUGGUGGGCACAGAGCGUCUCAGGAGGGGUCCCUGUUGUUGUGUGUGGCUACUACUCCAAGGAGAACGACGUAGAGGCAAUGGUCAAGAAGACUAAAACUUAUAAAGUGAAGGACAUGCCACAGAAGGCACAGGUAAAUGUGGGUUUUUAAAAAUGUUGCAGGUGA